GAGCUUGUCUCAUCUUCUUCAAAACAGAUCAUCGCGAAUGUGGUUAAGAAUGUCUAUCUUCAGACAAGCGUGUACCAUGAUGUUGAAGAUGAGACCUGGGUGAACUUGAGCAUGCGUGGAAGAACCGUGUGUUUGCAGAAGCCCAAGCAAGAAAGUCUUGAUCCUGAGAUGACAACCAAGGGAAUGUGCGAUCAAGACCCUGAAGUUGGUGAUUUGUUGACCAAGGAAGAAGCAGAUGCGUUUGCUAAGAACCACAAUGUGAAAAUCCUCAGUACUCGUUGGGUGUCUAUGGACAAGCGAGAUGGUGAGACUCAGGAGAAGAUAGUGAGAUCUCGCGUUGUGGUUCGUGAUUAUGCAAGCGGAGGUGACAUCAUCCUUGCAGAUGUGAGCACCGCGUUCUUGUUUGCUGGUAUUGUGAGCCCACCGCCUAACAUCAGGUGGUUUGUCUACGAGGGAGAUCAGUAUUACAUGAUCUUGCUGGUCUACGUUGAUGACUUGAUGACAGGUGUCUUGUCAGUGGAUGGGAAGGUCGAAUUGCUUGGAAGAAGGAUUCGGAGAGACCAGGAGACCGGAGGUUGCGAGGGAACCAUUGUCGUGUAUGUUGACAGCAAUUGGGCGUCAGAGAGGAAUAACUCGAUCGAGGCGCUCGUUGUCUGGAGGCGUGCUUUUCGUCGACGGGGCCCGGUCAAGGCCUACGCAAGGCAGCAGACCUCAGUUGCGCUCUCGAGCGCAGAAGUGGAGUUAACCGCUGUCUGCGAAGGCAUGAAAGAAGGUUUGGGGCUGUUUGCUUUAAUCCAGCAUAUCUAUGGACUUGCUGCGAUUCCGGUUGUCAAGAGUGACUCGCAAGCCGCAAUCAACAUCAGCUCGAUGUAUGGGCUGUUGCGGAGGAUUCGGCGCAUUGACUUGAGGUUGUGCUGGGUUCAAGAGACUUUGAGGGAGCAGCGUGCGCUGCUCAAGUGGGUGCCAGGCUUGGAGAAUGUUGCAGACAUUUUCACAAAGAGUACGAUCCAGAGGAUCAGUUAUGGUCGCCACUUGGAGAUGCUUGGGAUUGUCGAGAAGAGAGCACCUACGAUGGUGUUUGAGUCAGGAGAAGGAGAAUGGGAUGACGAAAGAAUCUGCACAGCGUUUGGAAAGGUUGUUGACUUGUCGGUGCUUGAAGAGCUUGAAAGUCGACUUGAAAGCGUCGAUCCCUCAGUUGCUUGGCUUGUCGUUCAGUUCUGCACGAGUGCAGAGUCGAACAUGGGCAAGGUUGCCUGUGAGUUGCGUGGAGUGGAAGUGAUCAGGAUCACCGAGAGAGAGAAUGGUCUUGCCGACGAGACAGUUGCCGUGCUGAGGAGCCACAUUGAGCGAUUGUGCCGCUUGACAGUGAAUGUGCUCAUUUGGUCGUCGAUUCCGUGCACAGGUGGUUGCACUUGUCUCUCGGAGAACGUGGAGGUCUGUGUCUACCCUCCAGAUCUUUCUGAUCGCAACUCCACGCUGGUCAACCAACCCAAGGGAGCAACCAUGCACAAUAGCUGUCUCGACAACGCGGCGGUGCUUCACCAAGAAGUUCUUUGUAGUCUUCCAAUGCCAAUAUUGGCACGUCUUCGGCCACUCAAUGGCAAAGAAAGGGUUCAAGCAUCCAACCGACAUGCCUUCAACUUCUCGACAGAGAACCUGGAACCCAGAGAAAAGCUUCCUCUGAAUCCCCCAGAGCCUUCGAAGAUGGCUGGCGUAUCCUUCUCUCUGCCGAUGGAUGUACUGCCAAGACACUUGAAGAGUGUAGAUGCGACGGAGGCCACCCACAUAGUGAGAGCUUUGACCUGA